AUGGAUGAUAAGAUUAAGAGUGGGAGCUGUGGAAGAGAAAAAGACGAGAAAUCGUUAAUGCUUCACUCACUUCGUCCUAUAUUUGGAGUACUUGCAAGAAGAGAUUACAACUUUUGCAAAAAUUGGUUGCUUGAGUUGGGCGAGGGAAAGAUUGGUGACAAUGAUGAUUUUGAGGUGGUUAUAGAUAUUCCUGAAGAUCUUUUAAUCAAGUGCUCUGUGGAUCCUAUGUCAGAUUUGAUCAACUUUGUAUACCCUUCACUUCUUCAACUAUACAAAGAUAAAUAUUAUUUUGCUGAAAAAACUAUACUGGCACCGACAAAUGAGGUUGUUCAAGAAAUAAAUGAAAGAUUGCUUGCUUCGUUUCCUGGUGAUGAAGUGGAGUAUUUGAGUUCUGAUAGUAUUUGUCAAACUGAUCAAGCAAAAAACGAAGCACAUGCCAAACUAUAUUCUCCCGAUGUUCUAAAUGAAGCUGAGAUUAUAUCCGGAGGAAACAUAGGGACAAGAACGUUUAUUCCACGAAUCGGUUUAACACCGUCGGAUAAAAGAAUUCCUAUCAAGUUUCAACGACGACAAUUCCCCUUAAAUGUAUGUUUCGCAAUGACUAUAAACAAAAGUCAAGGACAAUCUCUAUCAAGGGUUGGAUUGUAUUUGAAAUAUCCAGUUUUCUCACAUGGUCAACUUUAUGUUGCGUUAUCAAGAGUCAAAAGCAGAGCCGGUGUGAAGUUGCUUAUACUAGACAAAGAUGAGAAUGUGGCGAGUAAAACAACAAAUGUCGUCUACAAGGAAAUUUUUUUCGAGAUUUGA